CUCUCCUUCGUAUUAAUCCCCUCCGCCGUACAACGACUUUCGCUGUCCGCAUCUUACCCCAGUCAUUCUUUUUGGGCCCGAGAGCGUUUGUUGUUGCUACACUUGGCCUACUGCCAUCGACACUCUUUUACCCGCUUCAGAACGACACUCACAUAAACUACUCCUCAUCAAGCGGCAAUCACGACCGACUUACGACCUUACGCUGUUAAUAUCUAAAACCACUGCAACCUGUUCAGCAACUUUACAUAUAGCAUCUGCCGUCAAGCCGACAACGUUAUCGCUUCUGCUUCGAUUCCAUUAUUGACACCAUCUAUUUGGCGAGGCGAAUGAGACAACGGUUCUAAAACCAUGCAUCACCUACACCACCACAACAACAUGCACCGGCAUGUGGGGAGAGCGGCACAGCUCGCUGAGGCCAACACCUCAGGAAGCCGAACACUGGUAGACGCCGCAAGUCGCGUUCUUGUGGCCCGCAGCACAUCAACCUGCACAAGCGAAAGCGACCCUGGCUGCACCAAGCCCUAUUCCGCCUCCACAAUGGCCAUUGCCAUUGCCGUAGUAGUGCCCGUCGUUGGGCUGCUCGUUGUGCUCUUAUUUUUACACCGCAGGCAUAAAAGGAAGCUCCGCGAGGAGGAUGCAAAGGACAAGUACAAGUCUCUUGACUUCGGCAUGGAACCAGGCAUGGGAGGACCCAAGAAAGGGAAGAAGGGAGCGAAGAUGGGUCCCGAAAUGAGCGUCUCGGAAAAGGGCGAGCGCGGAACACAUGACCGUGGACUGUCCCUGGAGACUGGAAAUCCGUACCUUCUGCCCGUUGGCCUGCACGGCUCUCGAGAAUCUUUCCAUUCGCUUUCGCGCUCCCAAGUCGAUCCCCACGACCCGUAUCGCCCCGUCACCUUCCUCAACGAUGGCCAGAGCAUUCACAGCCAAAGUCGCCGUAAUCACGACAACGGAUCCAUGUACACGACGUCAAGUGCAGGAACAGAGAGGCACAGGAUGAACGAUGGCCUGUUGAACAACGCACAGACAAUGUCUAAAUCCUACCCCAUUCGCGGCGAGUCUCUGUCCCCCGACGACACCAAGUCGAUUAAAUUCCCUGAGCCGACCGCUUCCAUGAGCCCGCUGAACCCCCGCUACGAGAAUGAACCUCUGCCUGCUCCUCCCGCACCACCUGCAGCGUCAGCAGAGCCCAAGGCCGAGUUCACGGCUUUCAACCCAUCGACCGUUCCCAGCAUUCAAAUCCCUGAUCCUGCAGUCACCAACAGGCAGGUCACAAAGUCCCCUGUCCAGACUACCCCCAGCCAAUCUGCAUUCCCGUUACGGGUACAGUCCCAGCAGGCUAUUGUACACGAGAACGCCAACACCGCUAGCAUGAUCAGCACGUCGAGCUACGGCGACGGUUUCCAGGUCACCCCUCCAUCACCUCGUCAGAGUCAAGGUGCGCAAGAGAUGCUCUCUCCAACACCUCGACAUCCACAGGGCCAGCAGAAUGUCGGCCUUGGAGUAGACGACUUUGGCCGCAACUCCAAUCGUCUGUCAAUGAGUGUGCGACCUCUGCCUACGGCUUCGGAUGACCCCGAAGAGAACCCAGAGCAGCGAGCGAAUCGCAUCCGAUCCUUCUACAAGGAAUACUUCGAUGACUCCAAACCCGAGCCUGUCGGAGGCCAUGCAUACACAGAAAACAAUGAGGAUUAUGCCUCGGAAUACCAAGACGGUACCUUUUUCGACGCCCGCAACGGCAACUUUGUUGUCGCUCAACCUAAUGCGCCCUAUGCUGAGCCAAUUACUCGACGCGCCAUGACACCGCCCCCCCGGGCACCUCCUAGAUUCCGAAGCAACACUGGCCCUCGCGCCCCUCACAUGUCUGGCAGUUCAGUGGCUUCGUCUCAGUACCCACCACGUGGCAUGUCAUCGAUGAGCGGGCGGAUGCUACCCCCCAAGAAGGCUUUGCCUCCCCCAUCGACUCUUUCGUCCUUGCCCACACCCGCUAAGCUCACUGAGAAUUCAAUGGUUUUCGACCCAAUUGACUUCGCACCACCUGUCUCAUUCAGGGAGAGGCAGAACGGUAUUCGACCUGAUAGCCCAUUGGGCAAUCAAAGACCGUAUAGCCCCGCAGUCCGACCGCACACUCCUUUGGUUGGGUCCUACGAUGACCUUGCUGUAAUGCCUAGUCCACACGCAUUGCGCAAGUCAACUCUCUUCACAGCCCUUGACUUUGCGCCGCCACGUUUCCGUGACCCAGGUUCCAACAACGCUUCGGAUGCCGGCUCCAUCAGAUCCAAUCGCUCGGGCAUAUCAGCUGCAGGAAGAUUCGCUGUUCGUAGCGGAGCCAACCGUGUCAGUAGGAUACCGAAGGGAAUGGUCGGUACCAGGGAUGAUUUCAUGGCCGAACUUCGCCCCAGGAUGGACCUUGUUUCAAAGGGAUAAGGCCGCUUGGUCGACCUUAAAAGUACACAAUGGCCUCAGCAUACACACUGAAGUUCACUGGUAGAGCAUAUCAAAUGCCCCGACUUGCUUUUCUGGCAGACAUGAUGAAUUCCUUUGAAUCGUAUAGACAGCGCCCGUUGGCUCAUUCCUCAACUUCAACUCCUAGCAACCACGUGUACAAAUGUUUGCUUCUUUUCCUUUUCUCAUCGCGGCCAACGUUUAGCACCUGGCCGGCAGAUUACUCGUUUUAGGGCUGAUACAGCGGUUAGCGGCAAGGCAUGGCGUUCAAUGUCUAAUUUCUAUUCUAUCUUGGAGAGGUGUGGUUAGCAAGUGAGAAGAGCGCGUCCGUGAGUUGAGUUUGUUGCUGCAGUAUGGAGGGUGUGGUUGAAUCUACCGUUCGUUGUGUGAACUAUUGUGCAUAUAGAUGGAAAUAGCAAGUGGCAA